UCUGGCCCGGCUUUCGACGAGAGAGGAGCUCUUGGUGGCGCGGUGGGUGGCCAACCCCCCCUCCUCUUCCUCCUACCGUUUGUUGAGCACGCUAGAUUGAGGUGUUGUUCCUGUUGGCCCGGUUGCUCCCGAUGCUCCUGUUGUCCCUGCGCCUGUUCCUGGAGUUCCGGAGCUGGUUGUUCCUGCACCUGUUCCUGGAGUUCCGGAGCUGGUGGCUCCUGUUGAUCCUGCACCUGCAUUGCCGGCUGGUCCCAGCCCGGAGGACCUGUCUGCCCCCGUGGGCCUGGCGGGACUCGGAGCAGCAGCAACAGGCAGGCAACACUCGUCGUCCUCUCCUCGUUGCUUCUCAACAGCACGUGCGUGCUAGGAUCAACUCGAGCAUGCGCAUGAGUGGUAGGCGCGGAGGACUAGGAGGAGGACUCCGAGGUCAUCAUGCUGACCAACAAUGCCGCACCCGCAGGCAGUGAGAAACGCCCAGCCAGCCGGAGCUAGAUGAUGAAUCCCAAAUCAGAGGUGCAAGGUUUCGAACCCAAGUUCAUCCAACGCACGACAGUGGAAGAGGUUGAGGGAGUUCCUUUGCUCAAAGAAACUGUAGAGAACUGGGGGCCCAUAUGGGACUUUCAAGCUCGACCUGAUGACCUUCUUAUCUGCACUUAUCCCAAAGCAGGGACCACCUGGAUCCAGGAAAUUGUAGAUAUGGUCCUCCAUGGAGGAGAUGCUCAGAAAUGUGCUCGGGCCCCCACUUACGAACGGAUGCCCUUCAUAGAGUUGUGCCCUCCAAAACCUUUUACUUUUGGCUUUGAAGAGGCAGAAGCAAUGCCCUCUCCACGCACGCUCAAAUCUCAUUUCCCAGUUCAACUUGUCCCACCUUCUUUCUGGAAGCAGAACUGCAAGAUCAUUUAUGUUGCCAGGAACAUCAAGGACAGUGCUGUAUCCUAUUUUUACUUCCACCUCAUGAACCGGGGGAUGCCAGAAGUGGGAACGUGGGACCAAUUUCUCAAGAAUUUACUUUCAGGAAAGCUUGCCUAUGGCUCAUGGUUUGACCACGUUCGUGGUUGGUGGGAGGCCAAAGACCGUCACCCAAUUCUGUACCUCUUUUACGAAGACAUGAAAGAGAAUCCAGCCCGGGAAAUCCGGAAGGUAGCCGAGUUCCUUGGCCUCGAGUUCCCAGAACCAGUUCUGAACCAGAUUGUGCAGCACACGACAUUUGAAAGCAUGAAAGCCAACCCAAUGGCUAAUUACAGCACCGUGCCUUCUAUCGUCUUUGAUAACACUGUGGGUUCCUUCAUGAGAAAAGGCAUCGUAGGGGACUGGAAGGAGCAUUUCACAGUGGCUCAAAAUGAAUGGCUUGAUGACAUCUAUGCCCGGGAAAUGGGGGACAGCAGCCUGACCUUCCACACACAGCUGUAAACACACCUUGCCAGUCCUCACUGGAGACUUUCUUCCAAACAUGCCUGUAUUGUUGAUUUUAUUUGUGUUAAAUAAAACAGCCAUAAACCCACAAGUAACAUCCAUCUAUCUGAACUCUGUGGAUUUUAAUUCUAAAAAAUAAUGUAUCAUUUUAAAACUGUUUCUUUUGUAAAUUCCAACAAAAUAAAAUGAAUGGGUUUGCUCACUA